CUCCGUGCCCCCCUCAGAGGCCUGCAACCAUGCAGUCCUAGCCUGCAGCCCGGGCAUCCCUGAAGAGCACUAUGUGAGUGAAGCUGUGGAAGAUGCUCCCAGCUCCAGAGGAUACCGAGAUGCAUGCACCAUCACCGGUCACAUCAUAUCUAAUGAGGCUGCUGAAGCUCCAGCUGUCCUUGGAAAGCCUGUAGCUACAGACCAUCGCUUCUCUCAUACUGGCCGUGCUUUGCUGUGGAGGUGGAAGUGGAGUGGAUAAAAGCCUUUUCAUAAGGCUCAGGGCUUUGCUACCAAGGAGAGUGGAGAGUCUGUCCACCAUACCUCCUCGACCAAGAUUAAAAGUGUGACAUGAACUUUCAACAUCAGUGUUUCACAUCAUAGCUUGCAGAAGAAAAUAACAGAGCUUGCAAAGCAUCAUGGACGUGUGCAACAGUACCAACCUUCCAGAAGUUGAGAUCAUUAGCCUGCUGGAGGAGCAGCUGCCCCAUUACAAGUUAAGAGCCGACACCAUCUACGGCUACGAUCAUGAUGACUGGCUGCACACGCCUCUCAUUUCUCCAGAUGCCAACAUCGACCUCACAACCGAGCAAAUUGAAGAGACACUGAAAUACUUCCUUCUAUGUGCUGAAAGAGUUGGCCAGAUGACUAAGACAUACAAUGACAUAGAUGCUGUCACGAGGCUUCUUGAGGAGAAAGAGCGGGAUUUGGAGUUGGCCGCACGGAUCGGCCAGUCAUUGUUGAAGAAGAACAAGACCCUAACUGAGAGGAACGAGCUGCUGGAGGAGCAAGUGGAACAUAUCAGGGAGGAGGUGUCUCAGCUCCGCCACGAGCUGUCCAUGAAGGAUGAGCUGCUUCAGUUCUACACCAGUGCUGCCGAGGAGAGCGAGCCUGAGUCUGUCUGCUCAACCCCGCUAAAGAGGAACGAGUCAUCAUCUUCCGUUCAGAAUUAUUUCCACUUGGACUCUCUUCAAAAGAAGCUGAAGGACCUCGAAGAGGAGAAUGUCGUACUUCGAUCUGAGGCCUGCCAGCUGAAGACAGAAACCAUCACCUACGAAGAGAAGGAGCAGCAACUGGUGAAUGACUGCGUGAAGGAGCUGAGGGAUGCCAAUGUCCAGAUUGCGAGUAUCUCAGAGGAGCUGGCCAAGAAGACAGAAGAUGCUGCCCGUCAGCAGGAGGAGAUCACGCACCUGCUGUCGCAGAUUGUGGACCUGCAGAAGAAGGCAAAAGCUUGCACGGUGGAAAAUGAAGAGCUGGUCCAGCACCUGGGGGCUGCGAAGGAUGCCCAGCGACAGCUCACAGCCGAGCUGCGUGAGCUGGAGGACAAGUAUGCAGAGUGCAUGGAGAUGCUGCACGAGGCCCAGGAGGAGCUCAAGAACCUGCGGAACAAGACCAUGCCCAACACCACAUCCCGGCGCUACCACUCACUGGGCCUGUUUCCCAUGGACUCCUUGGCAGCGGAGAUUGAGGGAACGAUGCGCAAGGAGCUGCAGCUGGAAGAGCCCGAGUCUCCAGACAUCACCCACCAGAAACGUGUCUUUGAGACGGUGAGAAACAUCAACCAAGUGGUCAAGCAGAGAUCACUGACCCCUUCCCCCAUGAACAUCCCGGGUUCCAACCAGUCCUCGGCCAUGAACUCCCUCCUGUCCAGCUGCGUCAGCACCCCCCGCUCCAGCUUCUAUGGCAGCGACGUCGGCAAUGUGGUCCUUGAUAACAAGACUAACAGCAUCCUCCUGGAAACUGAAGCAGCCGACUUGGGGAACGAGGAACGCAGUAAGAAGCCCGGCACGCCGGGCACCCCGGGCUCCCACGACCUGGAGACGGCCCUGAGGCGGCUGUCCCUGCGCAGGGAGAACUACCUGUCGGAGCGGAGGUUCUUCGAGGAGGAGCAGGAGCGGAAGCUGCGUGAGCUGGCAGAGAAGGGGGAGCUGCGCAGCGGCUCACUCACGCCCACCGAGAGCAUCAUGUCCUUGGGCACACACUCUCGCUUCUCCGAGUUCACCGGCUUCUCCGGCAUGUCCUUCAGCAGCCGCUCCUACCUGCCCGAGAAGCUGCAGAUUGUAAAGCCGCUCGAAGGUUCAGCCACACUUCACCACUGGCAGCAACUGGCCCAGCCUCAUCUGGGGGGCAUCCUGGACCCCCGGCCCGGUGUGGUCACCAAGGGCUUCCGGACACUAGAUGUUGACCUGGAUGAAGUGUACUGCCUUAAUGACUUUGAGGAAGAUGACACAGGUGACCACAUUUCUCUCACGGGCCUAGCUACCUCCACGCCAGUUCAGCACCCGGAGACCUCAGGUGAGAGGUCCCGAGCACACGUGACUGUCUCAGGCAGCAGAAGUUUCUCAAGCCUGCCUCCAGCUUCCCCAGAGGAGAUGCAUGAGCUGCCAGCGGGCCUGGAGGAGGAGGAGGAGGAGGAGGGGUCUGGUGAGGCACACCACCCUGGGAAAUGCAUGUCACAGACCAACUCCACCUUCACCUUUACCACCUGCCGCAUCCUGCAUCCUUCAGACGAGCUCACCCGGGUCACACCAAGCCUUAACUCAGCCCCAGCUCCAGCUUGUGGCAGCACCGGCCACUUGAAAUCCACACCAGUGGCCACGCCAUGUACCCCCCGGAGACUGAGCCUGGCUGAGUCCUUCACGAACAUCCGUGAGUCCACCACAACCAUGAGCACUUCCCUGGGGCUGGUGUGGCUGCUGAAGGAGCGAGGUAUUUCUGCGGCAGUGUAUGACCCCCAGAGCUGGGACAGGGCCGCCCGGGGCUCCCUCCUGCACUCCUAUACCCCUAGGAUGGCUGUGAUCCCUUCUACCCCUCCAAACUCGCCUAUGCAGACACCCACAGCCUCCCCACCCUCCUUCGAGUUCAAGUGCACGAGCCCUCCCUAUGACAACUUCCUGGCUUCCAAGCCUGCCAGCUCCAUCCUGAGAGAGGUGCGGGAAAAGAAACAUGUGCGCAGCAGCGAGAGCCAGACUGAUGUGUCAGUCUCCAACCUCAACCUUGUGGACAAAGUCAGGAGGUUUGGGGUGGCCAGAGUGGUGAACUCGGGGCGACCCCAUGUCCCCACUUUGACUGAGGAUCAGGGACCUCUCCUCUGUGGCACUCCAGGGCCAGCACAGGCUCUUGUUCCCGAGGGCCUGCCUCUCGGGUGCCCCAGUGUCACCAGUGGGCUGCAGCUCCCCAGUGGCAUCCGACGGAACCGCAGCUUCCCCACCAUGGUCGGGUCCAGCAUGCACAUGCGAGCUCCCGUGACCCUCACCUCGGGCAUCUUGAUGGGUGCUAAGCUCCCCAAACAGACUAGCUUGCGGUGAGGCUGGGGCUUGCUGCCCUCCGGGAGACCAGCGUUCUCCAUCUGCUCUGCACCUCCUGUCCCCCACAGAGCGCUCUCUUCCUUGUCCCUUCUUUGUCUUCUUCUCCUGAGCUAGACAAAUCAGCCUCAUUCCUCGUGGGGGAGGAGUGGAGCUCCAUGCGAUGUGCAGGUAGGACUUGGCAACCUUGCAUCUGUUCCCAGUCUGACAGGAAGGUCCCUGCACAGUUGUCACUCGCAUGAGGAUGUUACCGAGCUCAUCUAGAGAAGAUGGUGUUCUUUCUUUGUUUUUAAGAAGCACUGAAAUUCCAAAGGUGUUCUUAUCCCAUGGAUAGGAAACCGGUGAAUUCUGAAUAGGACUGCCGGGUCACACUCCACAAGCAGUCGCCUUGCGGCACAGGUCACAAUACACCCAUAGCCCGGGUAUUGCUGGCCUCCUCGCCCACCCAUGACAGCUGACAGAGCCACUCACCGUCAGAGAGCCUUUCUGUUGGGGGUGGCCCAGCUUCAUCAAGAUCACCACUGCUCUGUCUCGAUGGAUGGUUGGUUCUGUUUCACGUGACUUUUCUUUUAUGCCUCCCACUUGAAGCCAUCCUGUAUCUUGUAAUCAGCUCUCAGGCCCAAUGUCUGACCCGAAAGAAAAAGAAUGUAUUUACACUCCCGCCAUGCAGUUCAGCCACCUGUCUGUGUCCUCUGUGUGACUGAGUUUUCCAUUUUAUUUUAUUUUAUUUGCAGGGAAAUCACGGUACUGGCAAUGUCUCUUUGUGGUUCUAUGAUACCAAAAUGCAAAUGGCACAUGCAUACUGACUUGCUAAUGACAUAGCUUAUUUCUGGGACCCGGUAUCACAGCCACGUUGAUGUGCAGUCAGUUCCCACUGAACAGAAGGAUUGAAAGGAAGGGUGCAAGGGUGAAACACUUGUUAACGAAAUCCAUGGGAAAGGGAGAAGGGUAGAGUCGUAGCAACCUCAUCACAUCCUGGGGCAAGGUUGGUCAGGCUUGGUCAGGCUGGCCCCGUCCUCACUCCGAAGGGAGCCCAGGUAGCAUGUUUUGACUCUGUAGCCACUCAGUGCCCACAUGUUUUACCCUCUUGUUUCAGAACAGAGGAAGAAGUUUCCUUCAACCCAUAAGCCCAGUGUCUCCUUGUCCCAUUUUUUUUUGCUCUUGGGAACAGCAGAGUUCCUUGUGAACACAAGCUUGAGCAACUGAGGGGCCUGGUCCUGUCACUGUCACUGAUUCAGUUGUGAACUUUUAUUUAUUAUCCAUGUGUGCUGUUUUUCAAGCGGAUGCCCCGCUCCCCUUCCAGCUCCAGCCAGUGUGUAUGUGGCGUCCCACCCCAUGAGGAUUAUUUAUUAUGGUCCCAGGACAUUUGGGCCUUGUGGUGUUCCAUGACCACCUAUCCCAGACAUGUGUGGAAGGAUAGCAUCCUAUGUACAUGAAGUUGCCAUGUGGACCCCAAUCCCCAGCAAAAGAUGUGUCCUUCAAUUUAGUGAGGGCCACCUUAUGUCCAUCAGGUAUGUUUUGGGAAGGUCCUCAAGGAGCAAGUUUCAGUCCCACCAUUUCAGACUAUUUAUUCUCCAAACAGGAGCGUGCUGGUUCGUCACAUCCUCCACUCUCCUCGCCGUUGUAGGUGUGCAGUUACUCCAAGUAACUUAUAUGUUUUUUAUUUGAAUGUAUGUUGAAGCAGUAGGUAGAAUAACAAAGGAAUCUGACAACCAUGAACUUGAAUGGACCACUUCACGCAGUCAGGGGAGCCACCCAUCAUCAAUAGACGUAACUAUAAAAUUGGCACGUCAGAGGCUGCGGUACUUAGCAUAGUUAAUAAACAGGUGGUCAACAUUGAGCAAACACUACCAAAAAGUGUGUUAUCAUACAUCAAAAAUCAACAAUAAAAUUCUAUUCACUAAUGAGUAUCAAUAAAAUAAGCUCAGAUGAUGGAAACCA